UAACCCGUCGUGCUCAUCUCCUUGGGCUAGAGUAGAGUAUUCACGAUUUCCCCAGCAAGGACUCAAGCAAUUGCACAGGAAGGGCCAUUGCCAGACCACUUGGCCGCAGACUCCAAGGCAUACAUGUCCCGUCGGCAAAAGGCAUAAGCCUAGGGCUUUCGAACUGUUCCCAAGCCCCUUUCGACAAGGCUACAUUACCCUCGCGUUGCGCCAUGGCAGAGACGUGUGAACACAAGCCGGCUAUCGGCUGUGCUCUGACCGCAGUGCCUGGAUGCUGCGCCUGCGCAGACAAGAGACCGCUCGCAACUGCCUACCCGCUCUACAUUGACGGCCAAGGCAUGAGACUUCAAGGCAGGCGCUGGCAACGCUACUGCUGGAAGUGUCGUGAUUACUGGAAUCUACACUCACAGUCUACAACACCUGCGUCUGACCCUUCAGACCCUCCCAUUCCCCAUGCUACAGUUCUGUCGGACCAGCCCGCAGUUCCACCGAGUGACAACAUGGACCGUCCACAUCACAAUCCCUUCCUGCUCUCCAAUUCCCAGCAGCAAUCGUGGUCUUUUGACGGUGUAAACGAUGGACAUCAAACCACUGUCAGUGAGUGGACUUCACUUAUCUUCGGCCCAACCUACAGUCCCAGCGGCACCGGACAACCCAGGGAUCCCAGAACAUCGGCUGAGCCCCAAAUGAACGAAACCCUACAUGAUAUGAAUCAGUCUCGACGGGCCCGUGAAGCGAGGCUACCCCAUGCAACCCAGCUGGGAGAGCGCCGUCCGCAACCCAGGUCACAGAGAACCGCGGUCCGCCAGCCGAACCCAAAUGGUGAUUCAGACCCGUCGACCGCGAGAAGGGGGCGAAUAGCCCAUUUUACAAAUCCAUUCGGUACAAGAGAGGAAAUCGAGUCCGAAAGUUAUCAGAGUCCCAUCUCCGCAAUGUUUGGUCGAGCUUGGAAUCGCUAUAGACAAGCGGAAGAGCAGAGAUCAUCUAUUGAGCAUGGGCCUUUAGGCGUUCAAGAAACGCAAACAGAAGUCUCGGCCAGUAUUCUGGGCACUGGGCCGCCCCGGAACGGGGAUACAGAAUGGCGAGGCGGUCCCAUGGCGAAUUAUCCGCGGCGAAGGGACGAACAAGAAUUAUUCGAAAGAUUCGGAAUCUCGUUGCGAGUAGCGGAUGCGCCUGGGCGCGAGCAAGACAACCCUCAUACACACCCUCAGGUCAAUCCUAUCGACUCUCAGCUUCAUCGGCCACGAUCGCUUGAGCCGCAGGAGAUGACUGUUAAUAUCGCCUGCAGAAUAUGUUGUGAGCAGAAGGUUGACACAUUGUUAGAGCCCUGCAUGCACGUCGCCAUUUGUCGCUGGUGCUCAGAUCUGAUCCUUGAACGAGUCCGGCGGCCUCGCUCCCUUCUGGAACAGCUGGACGGGGUUGGUGGCGAUGGUAGGUUGAAAUGUCCGAUUUGCCGCCGUUACGUCGCACGUGCAAGAAGAGUAUUUCUGUCUUGAAGGUCAAAGCUACGUCGAAUUGCAGUGUCGGAUCUUCAGAUUGAGGCCGGGGAUUGCGAGGGUAUCCAGAAACUGCCCAAGCGACGUUCAUUCAAGGCUGGCUUCGCUGUACAGGUGGCUAUAAUGUACGAGAUCCAUGUGCAUGUCUUGUGAGCGUGGGGUGAAUUUGGAGCUGAUUCUGUUCGGCUUGCAUGUCAUGUGCAUAUUGUCCCCCAUAUAGAUGAGCCAAAAGAUUGUCUUGUUCACGAUCACCGGAAGCAUUCAC